AGCUCGAUCGUUCAGUCAAAAUGGAGCUCCUUACGCUUCUUGCCACUGCUUGCUGCCUCCUCCUAGCUGCCGUAGCUCUCCGGCGAAGCACUAGGCGAGCCCAUGCCCGCAGGACCCUCCACCGUGUCCAUGACGCCGCUGUGGCCCAUCGGGCACUCAACAAGAACGCGGACGCCUUCUUGGACCGUGCUGAAGGCUUCUUCCCCGUUGUCCUCGGCACGGGGCUCCGCCGCGGCGUGCGGAACGAGACGAUUGUCACGGCAUCCCAUGGCCCCCACUGGCGGGCGCUCCGCUGCAACCUCAGCGCCGACGUCCUACACCCGUCCCGCGUCGCUUCACUGGCACCGCUGCAGCAGGAGGCCGCCCAGGCCCUCGUCGCCGGCCUGUUCGCCAAGGUCCAGGGCGAGGCCGCGUCUGUUGUUGUCCGAGGCGACCUGAACCGCGCUGCGUUCUCCCUGUUGGCGCGUAUGUGCUUCGGCGACGGCGUCGACGGGCACUGCGUGGAGUCCAUGGAGCGCGAGAUGCUGGAUCUGCUGGCCACCGUCGGGGAGCUCAUCCCCGUGGUGGACGGCUCGUGGCUGCCCCAGCUCCUGUACCGGAGGCAGCUCACCCACCUCAUGGGCGCCCUCGGCAGGCAGAAGCUGAUGUACCUUCCUCUCAUCGACGCACGGAGGCGACCUGAAUCUCGCGUCUAUAGGGGCGGCGGCGUCGCCUAUCCGUACGUGGACUCACUCCUUGAUCUCCGCGUGCCCAACGGCGAGGGCGGCGGGCGGCGGGCGCUCAGGGACGACGAGCUCGUGUGCCUCGUAUCCGAGUUCCUCGGCAGCGGCUCGGGCUCCACCGUGGCCUGCGUGGAAUGGACCCUGGCCCACCUCGUCGACAGACCGGAGGUCCAGGACAAGCUGCGGCGCGAGAUUGACGGCACCGACGGAGGCGCGGUCACCAUCAAGAGCCUUCGCCGCGGCAUGCCGUACCUGAACGCCGUGGUGCUCGAGAGCCUGCGCAUGCACCCGGCGGCGCCGUUCAUGAUGCGCGGGACGCACGGUGACGGAGCCGCGGUGGUGGGCGCGACCAUGGUGCCCAACGGCGACGGCUUGAUGGUGCAGUUCGUUCUAGGCGACAUCGGAAGGGACAGCAAGGUGUGGACGGAUCCGGACGAGUUCCGCCCUGAGCGGUUCCUGGCCGGAGGCGAGGCGGAGGGCGUGGGGCCGUUGCCGGGACCCAAGGAGGUGAGGAUGCUGCCGUUCGGUAUAGGGCAUAGGCACUGCCCUGGCACGAGCUUCGCGAUGCUGCAGGUCAAGUGCUUCCUGGCAGCGCUUGUGCGAGAGUUCGAGUGGGCGGAUGACGACUGUGGGAGUACGGCUGGUGGAGUCGACAUGACGGAGCUGGACGUCUUCUUCAAGGUGAUGAAGAAGCCCCUCUCCGCACGUGUCAUGCGACGUAGUAGUGUAAAAUAA